AUGUACAGAAAAUUAAGAAAAUCUUCUACUAAAGAACAAACACCUGUCGAUGAAACGAUUCCAGAUACUCCAGCAACAUCUGCUGAACAAACGGAAGCACUACGCGAUUUAUAUUCAACAUAUGUCCAUCCUGUAAAAUGUUUUCAUGGUACCUGUUCGAAAAAACUUGUUAAUAAAAAGAAUUUAGUUUCCGUUUUGAAACAGCGUGAAAUCGGUCUAAUCAAUUUGCAUCGCUAUCCAUCUGCACGAUAUCAAUUGACGGACAGAUUAUUACCUAAUCAAGGGGAGAUAAUUGCAUCCAUGCCACGAUCGACAUUUUGUGGGCAAUUCUCGGAAGAUGGACAACGAUUUUUGAGUGCUUGUCAAGAUAACUGUCUUCGUGUGUUUGACACCAUCUCGUCGAAGACAUUUCAACGUGCAGAAGAAAUUCUAGUUGAUGAAGUUGGAUGGGCAAUAUUAGAUACAGCUUUAUCUCCAAAUCGAACUCAUAUUGCUUAUUCGACAUGGUCGGAUUGCAUCUACUUGGUCAAGUUAAACGACGACCAAACAGAAUCAAAAAUAAUUCCAUUACAAUUACGUCCACAUGCACAUAGUUUCACAAUAUUUUCGCUUCAGUAUUCUUCCGAUGGUUCAGAAAUCAUCGGCGGAUCGAAUGAUACUUGUGUAUAUAUUUAUGAUCUUGAAAAACAAAAACGAACAUUGCGUGUUCAAGCACAUGGCGAUGACAUCAAUGCUGUUCGCUUUGUUGACAAUUCGAAUUCUUUGGUAGUUAGUGGUUCAGAUGACAAUUUUGUUUAUGUUUGGGAUCGACGAGCAUUAAAAGAAUCCCAUCCCAAACCUGUUGGUGUUUUCGCCGGUCAUACUAAAGGAAUCACUUUCAUACACAGUCGAAUGGACAGCAGAUAUUUAAUAUCGAAUAGUAAAGAUCAAAGUAUCAAAUUAUGGGACAUGCGCCGAUUUUCCGAUGAGUCAACUAUAGGAAAAAGUCAUGCUAUUGCUAGUAAUAUCGAUCCUAGAUGGGAUUAUCGAUACGAUGCUUAUGGUCCACGGCCAACACAAAUUGAUGUUCCAGGUGAUCCAAGUGUUCGAACAUAUCGUGAUCAUUCUGUUAGUUUCACAUUGAUUCGUUGUUAUUUCUCUCCAGCAUUUACAACCGGACAGAAAUACAUUAUCACCGGUUCUUCGGAUGGAUGCAUUCGCAUUUACGAUGUUCUCACGGGUUCUGUGGAAUUACGUCUUCGUGUGACUGAUAAUGUCGGCGAUAAUCGUGAUCGAUGCGUUCGAGAUGUGGCUUGGCAUCCCUUUGACAAUUAUAUCGUUUCAACAUCGUGGGACUCAUAUUGCGCACAUGUUCGUUGGACACAUUCAUUUGAUGAAUCGACAAUCUCCUCGUCAUCAGACGAUCCCAAGACGAUAUCAAUAAAAAAACCUGGUUUCUCUCUAAAUCGACACCCGCAAACAUUACGAAGAUUGUUGACUCAACAGUUCUACGGCAGUGAUAUUGAAUAUGACAGCGACGACGAUACACAAUCGCUAGAAUAG